AUGGCCAAAAGACCACAUCUUUAUUGGACUCCAUGUGCCGCACAUUGUGUGGACUUGAUGUUGGAGGAUAUUGGAAAGCUUCCAAAGAUCAAGAAUGCCCUUAAGAAGGCGAUCUUCAUGAAUGGUUAUAUAUAUAACCAUGUCGGCGUUGUGAACAUGAUGAGGAGAUUCACCAAUCAAAGGAAUUUGCAUCGACCGGCGGUCACAAGGUUUGCAACUUCCUUCAUCACUCUUGCACAAUAUCACAAGCAAAAAAAUAAUUUGAGGAAGAUGGUCAUUUCGGAAGAGUGGAUUGCUUCAAAGUGGCAAAAAGAUGCGGGGGGGAAGAAGAUGACAUCUUUUAUUUUGCAAGACACAUUUUGGAGGAAUGUGUUGUAUGCUCUUAAGUUGGUAGGUCCUCUUGUGAAAGUACUUCGAAUGGUUGAUGGGGAUAAAAAACCGGCUAUGGGAUACAUUUAUGAAGCUAUGGAUAGAGCAAAGGAGGCUAUUGCUAAGAGUUUUGGUCACAAGGAGGAGCAUUACAAAGAAGCUUUUGGGAUAAUUGAUAAAAGAUGGGAUUGCCAACUUCAUCGCCCUUUACAUGCGGCCGGAUACUUUCUAAAUCCGGAAAUCUAUUAUGAUAAUCCGGAGGGAGUGAGUUGUCAAGAAAUUGAGCAUGGCUUGUAUGAAAGCAUUCAAAGGCUAGUUCGAGAUAAUUCAACACAAGACAAGAUCAUGGUUGAGCUAGAUGCCUACAAAAAUGCAACGGGUCUAUUUGGCAAUGCACUGGCGAUUAGACAUAGAAAGAUGAAAUCACCGGGUAAGAUUUAA